GACCCGUGUUGCAUUUUUUUAACUUUGGGGCAAGUAGUCACUUUGGGAGUGAUGUGUGUAAUGAAGCCAUUGCAACUGCUUGGAAUGUUUCAAUAGGAGACUGUGUUCUGUGUCCACCCAGGGCCAGUUCAUCGGGAUGCACUUUUGUGCCAGAGGCAAGCUGUCAUCUGCAGACAUCGACAUCUAUUUGCUUGAAAAAUCCCGGGUUGUUUUCCAGCAGCCUGGAGAGAGGAACUACCAUAUAUUCUAUCAAAUUCUGUCUGGGAAAAAAGAACUUCAUGCAAGCCAUGGACAUUUUGGGCUUUCUUCCUGAUGAGAAGUACGGAUCCUACAAACUCACUGGAGCCAUCCUGCACUUCAGAAACAUGAAAUUUAAACAGAAGCCCAGAGAAGAGCAAGUGGAAGCAGAUGGCACAGAAAAUGCUGACAAAGCUGCUUUCCUCAUGGGCGUUAACUCCUCUGAGCUGGUGAAGGGCUUGAUCCAUCCUAGAAUCAAAGUUGGUAAUGAAUAUGUUACUAGAGGCCAAAUUUAGAACAGCCUUGAAGUAUAACAGCCUUGAAGAAAUUUGCAUUAAUUUUACCAUUGAAAAUUUACAACAGUUCUUCAGUCAGCACAUGCUGGUUUUGAAGCAAGAGGAAAAGAGGAGACAAGGCAUUGACUGGGUGUCCAUUGAGUUUGUCCUGGACUUGCAAGCCUGCAAAGAUCUCAUUGAGAAGCCAAUGGGCAUCUUUUCCAUCCUUGAAGAGGAAUGUAUGUUUCAUCAGGCUGCAGAUGUGACUUUCAAGACCAAACUUUCUGACAACCAUUUUGGAAAGCCAGUUCAUUUCCAGAAGCCCAAGCCUGACAAUAAGAAGAAAGAUGAAGCUCACUUUGACCUUGUCCAUUGUGCAGGAGUGGUGCCUUAUAACGUCAGUGGCUGGCUUGACAAGAACAAAGCCUUUCUUAAUGAAACAGUGGUGGCUAUAUUUCAGAAGUCGUCCAACAGACUCCUGGCAAAACUCUUUGAAAAUUACAUCAGUACCAACACUGCUCUACAGUUUGGGGAGAAGAAAGGCAAGAAAGGAGCUUCAUUCCAAAUGGUUGCAUCUCUGCAUAAAGAAAACCUAAAUAAGUUGAUGACUAACCUGAAAUCAACAGCACCUCAUUUGAGAUGCAUAAAUCCCAAUGUGAACAAAAUGUCAGAUGUAAUGGAUGCUUAUUUGGUUCUACAGCAGCUGCGCUGUAAUGGUGUCUUGGAAGGGAUCAGGAUAUGCAGUGAAGGUUUUCCAAACCGACCGCUGUAUGCUGAUUUUAAACAAAGGUACUACAUUCUGAACCAAAGGGCCUUUCCAAAGAGCAAGUUUGUGAGCAGCAGAAAAGCAGCUGAAGAAUUACUUGGCUCCUUGGAGAUAGACCAUACACAGUACCACUUUGGAAUCACUAAGGUGUUUUUAAAAGCCGGCUUUCUGGGCCAACUGAAAGCAAUGAGAGAUGAGAGACCAUCUAAAGUCUUUACAUUGUUCCAAGCCAGGGUACGGGGAAAAUUGAUGCAAAUCAAAUUCCAGAGGAUUCUGGGAGAGAGGGAUGCACUUCUUUUGAUCCAGUGGAACGUAAGAGCUUUCAUGGCUGUGAAGGGCUGGCCGUGGAUGAGGCUCUUCUUCAAGAUCAAGCCUUUUGUUAGAUCUGCUGGAAUGGGAAGGGAGGUAGCUGGACUGAAGGAAGAGUGUGUGCAGCUGCAAAAAGCGUUGGCGAAAUCAGAAUCUCCGAGGGAGGAGCUGAAAGCCAAGCAAAUCUCCCUACACCAGGAAAAGAAUGACUUGCUUCUUCAGCUGCAGGCUGUGCAAGAGACCCUGGCAAAUGCUGAAGAGCAGCGCGAGUCGCUGAUUAAAUCCAAGAUCCAGCUGGAGGCCAGCGUCCAGGCGCUGCCUGCGUUGGGGGUUGGGGAGGAAAAAGAGGAGGUAAAUUCCCAGCUGACUGCCGGAGGGCGGAGACUCGAAGAUGAAUGUUCCGCGUCGAAGAAGAAAGAAAUCGAUGACCUGGAGACACUAUUGGCAAAGUCACAGAAGGAGAAGCGUGCUUCAGAGUACAAGGUUAAGAAUCUGACUGAGGAGGUGGAGUCUCUCAGUGAGGACGUCAGCAAACUUCAGCGAGCAGCCAGGGCGCGGGAGGCCUGCCAGCAGACCCUGGAGGACCUGCACGCGGAAGAGGAGAAAACCCUUACCCUGAGCAAAACCAAGCUGACACUAGAGCAGCCAGCGAACGAGCUUGAGGGUGCCCUUGAACAGGAGAGCAAAGCGAGAAUGAACUGGGAAAAGGAAGAGUGCAAACUGGAGGGCGAGGUAAAGCUGAACCGGGAAAGCAUGGAGGACCUGGAGAGCAGGCAGCUGCAGCUAGCAGGAAAGCUGAGGAGGAAAGAAUCAGAAAUGAAUCAGAUGAGCUCAAAGGUGGAGAAUGAGAAAGGCCUGGUGGCUCAGCUUCAGAAGAUGGUUAAAGGGCUCCAGGGAAUCAUUUAUCAAAUACCUGCUCAGAUACAGGUUUUGAAAGACGAACUGGAAGCUUAAAGGACCACUCGAGCCAAGGUAGAAAGGGAGAGAACUGACCUCAGAGAGCUGGAAGACCUGAAUGAGGGGCUGGAGGAGACAGCAGGGGCCAGUUUGGCUCAACUGGAAAUAACUAAGAAACAAGAAACAAAAUUCCAGAAGCUCCGCUGAGACAUGGAAGAGUCCACACUGCACUUUGAGGCAACCUCUGCCUCUUUGAAGAAGAGGCACGGAGACAGCCUGGCUGAGCUGGAGAGCCAGGUAGAAAAUCUACAACAGGUCGAGCAGACACUGGAAAAAGACAAGAGUGACCUGCAGCUCAAAGUGAAUGAUGUCCUGACCCAUGUUGAGCAGAUGACCAGAGCUAAGGGUAAUGCUGAGAAGCUCUGUAGUCUGUGAGAGCACUUGAAUGAAGAAAAUGCAAAACUAGAUGAAGUGACUCAGUUGGCAAAUGAUCUGACAGCACAGAAAACAACGCUACGGAGUGAAAAUGGUGAGUUCCUAAAAAGGCUAGAAGAAAAGGAAGCUCUGAUAAACCAACUUUCCAGGGAAAAUAUCACCUUCACUCUGCAGACUCAAGACCUGAAAUGGCAAUUGGCAGAAGAGACCAAAUCACAGAGUGCCCUGGCCCAGGCCGUGAAGUCGGCCAAGCGUGACUGUGACCUGCUAUGAGAGCAGUACCAGGAAGAGCAAGAGGCCAAGGCUGAGCUGCUCUGGGCCCUGUUCAAAGACAAUGCUGAAAUUGUUAAGUGGAGAACCAAGUAUGAAGACGACACCAUCCGGAGCACUGAGGACUUGGAGGAUGCCAAGAAGAAGCUGGCAAUUCGGUCGCAGGAGGCUGCCGAAGCCAUGGGGGUGGCCCAUGCCAGAAGGGCCUCCCUGGAGAGGGCCAGGCCCCGACCGUAGCUCGAGCUCGGGGACACCCUGUCGCAUCGUGGGAAGGUGCACCGCGCGGCUGCUGCGCUGGACCGGUGGCAGCAGCACUUCAACCAGUGCCUGCACGGCUGGAGGCGGGAGCACGAGUAGCCUCAGGCGAUGCCCGACGCCCCGCAGGAGGCCCGGGCCCUCAGCGCCCGGCUCCUCGAUCUCAGGCACACCUACGAGGAGAGCACCGCGAGCCAGCGGACCCUCCGGAGGGAGAACAAGAACCUGAAGGAAGAGAUUUCUAAUCUGAAAAAUCAGAUGAAAGAAGGAAAGAAGAACUUAAGUGAAAUGGAAAAGAUCAAGAAGUAGAUUGAACAAGAAAAGACUGAAGUCCAAAUGGCAACCUCGGAAGAGGCCGAGGAGGCUCUGGAACGCAACGAAAGCAAGAUUCUUCAUCUGCAGCUUGAACUCUCAGAAACUAAAGCGGAAAUUGAAAGAAAGCUUUCAGAGACAGAUGAAGAGAUAGAAAAAUGUAGGAGGAAGCAGCAGUGUGCUAUUGACUCCCUGCAGUCGAGUCUGGAUUCUGAAGUUCGGAGCAGAAUUGAGGCCACUGGGCUGAAGAGGAGCAUGGAAGGGAACCUCACUGAGAUGGAACUCCAGCUCAGCCGUGUCAACCGCCAGGUGUCAGAGGCAACCAAAUCCCUGGGCCAGCUUCAGAUCCAGAUCAAGGACCUUCGGGCGCAGCUGGAGGACAGCACACGCCUGAACAGUGAGCUGAAGCAGCAGUUGGCGGUGGCCGAGCUGCGCAACGCUCUUCUCCAGGCUGAACUCGAGGAGCUGAGGGCCUCGCAUGAGCAGACAGAAUGCGGGCGCAGGCUGGCAGAGGAAGAGCUCCUGAAAGCCACAAAAAAAAUCAAUCUUUUCCACACCCAAUACGCGAGUCUCCUCAGCCAGAAGAAGAAACUGGAGGUUGAUGUUGCCAGGAUGCAGAAGGAAGCUGAAGAGGCGAUGCGAGGGUGUCAAAGUGCAGAAGAGAAGGUCAAGAAGCCCCCUACAGAGGUAGCAAACACGUCAGAAGAACUGAAGAAGGAGCAAGACACCAAUGCCCGCUUGGAGAGGAUGAGAGAGAACAUGGAGCGGAGAGACUUACAGGAAAGGCUGGAUGACGCUGAGCAGACUGUCGUGAUAGGGAAUAGAAAGCAAAGCCAGAAACUCGAAUCCAGGGUCUGUGAACUGGAUGGUGAACUGGAAAGCGAAGUCCGACGCAUCGCGGAGGCCCAGUGGGGAGCCCGCAGGUUUGAGCGAUGCAUCAAAGAGCUGACCCACCAGCCUUUCUUCCCUUUCCUUCAAAUGGAGAAGACCAGAGAUUCCAUGGUAGCAGUGGCACAGUGCUCAUCACUCUGGGCCCAGCACCUUCCCAGCACAGAGAAGCAGAAGCUAGUCCAUAACUUUCCAAGUAUAAGAAGCAGCAACAUGAGUAGAAUGAAGCUAAGUAAAGGGCAGAGAUAGCCGAAUCUCAAGUUAAUAAGCUCAAGAUUAAAGCAAAAGAGUUUGGGGAAAAGGUUAAUGUGCAGGCUCUGAGCUCCAGGGCCUAGAUUCAUGUGGGUAGAACCGUCAGAAGUCCAGGGAGCAAAGAUGAUUAAAGAAGCACAGAUGGAUCUGCUUGAAAUUCUAAGUGAACUCCUUCUAUUGUGGGCAAGAGGAGAGCCUGAAAUUCCUUCAACUGUCAUAAACCAAAGGAAAAGGUUUUCUCAUAGAACUGUGCAUCAGGUCUGUGGAGCAAAUCGGUGAUGUGGCUAGUGUCUCCCUCAUGGGGUCUUCUAUAGAGCGCGCUGCCUUCGCUGGCAAUGCAAGGCGAGCAAAAAAUUAAGUGACCCAGCACACCCUUGCGGUGAAUUACCGGUGUCUGCUUUCUCUGAUGCAGACAAUUGCCUCAAUUCCCUGCCUCCCUUUGAAGCUAAUGAAGAGUUGGCUAAGUCCUGCUUACGUCUGGAAAGCACUGGGUUUGGUUCUUGGUAUGCGUUGCACUAAUGAAAGUCACAGGAAUCUCACAGAACACGCUGAUAUUCUGUUUUUCAGGUUCAUGAAGAAUGACCAGUCCUUGUUUAUAAAGGACAGAGGCUGGAGAAGUACAAGGAGGUACUGUUUUAUGGCCAGAAACUUAAGUUGCAUUUGAAACAUACACUUAAUUUUUUUACUGAAGUAUAGUUGAUAUACAACGUUAUAUUAGUUUCAGGUGUACAACACAGUGAGUCGACAUUUGUAAAUUAUACUCCAUUUAAAGUUAUUAUAAAAUGUUGGUUAUGUUCCUUGUGCUGUACAUUGCAUCCUUGUGCCUCAUUUAUUUUAUACCUAGUAGUUUGUACCUCUUAAUCCCCUUCCCCUCCCUCUACUCCUCCCGCUACUGGUGACCACUAGUUUGUUCUCUGUAUCUAUAAGUCUCUGUUUUGAUAUAUCCACUCAUUUGUGAGACAGACAUUUUAAAAAACAUGUUUAUGCUGUGUCAAAAGUAGUUUAAACAAGGUGAUCAGAAAAUGAAAUAAUAAAAGGGAAUAUUGUU